CAGAUCUAGCCGCUGCCUUCCCCAGCUCAGGCUUCAAGAUGGGGAAGUCCUUCGCCAACUUCAUGUGCAAAAAAGACUUUCAUCCCGCCUCCAAAUCCAACAUCAAAAAAGUAUGGAUGGCAGAACAGAAAAUAUCAUAUGAUAAAAAGAAACAAGAAGAAUUAAUGCAACAGUAUCUUAAAGAACAAGAAUCAUAUGAUAAUAGAUUGCUUAUGGGAGAUGAACGUGUAAAGAAUGGACUCAAUUUCAUGUAUGAGGCCCCACCAGGAGCUAAAAAAGAAAACAAAGAGAAAGAAGAAACAGAAGGAGAAACUGAAUACAAAUUUGAAUGGCAGAAAGGAGCCCCACGAGAAAAAUAUGCCAAAGAUGACAUGAACAUCAGAGAUCAGCCCUUUGGCAUUCAGGUUCGAAAUGUGAGGUGCAUUAAAUGUCACAAAUGGGGUCAUGUCAACACAGAUCGAGAAUGUCCAUUGUUUGGUCUUUCUGGAAUCAAUGCAAGUUCAGUUCCCACUGAUGGCUCAGGGCCAUCGAUGCACCCCUCGGAGCUAAUAGCGGAGAUGAGAAACAGUGGGUUUGCACUGAAACGAAAUGUACUGGGGAGAAACUUGACCGCAAAUGAUCCAUCACAGGAAUAUGUUGCAAGUGAAGGUGAAGAAGAUCCAGAAGUUGAAUUUUUAAAGUCACUAACAACCAAACAAAAACAGAAACUUCUCAGGAAAUUGGAUCGACUUGAGAAAAAAAAAAAGAAAAAGAGAAAUGGUAAAAAAAAGAAAAAGUUUCAGAAGAGCAGAAGUAAACACAAAAAACAUAAAAACAAAUCUUCCUCCUCGUCCUCCUCGUCUUCCUCCUCCUCCACUGAGACUUCAGAAAGCAGUAGUGACAGUGAGAGUGACAACAAAGAAAAAAAAAUAGAAAAGAGGAAAAGAAAGAAAAACAAGUGUUCAAGGAAUAACAACAGUGAUUCUGAAGAGAAGGACAAGUCUAAGAAGAGAAAACUUUAUGAAGAAACUUCUAGCAGUCACAGUAACAAGAAAAAAGCCAAGGAAAAGCCUAGGUUUUUAAAACAAGAGCAUUCUGGGGAGAACAGCAAAUGGAGCCAUUCUGAUUCUGACAUAAAGUCCAGAAGCCGUAAUCAUAGCCCCGAGAAGAGAGGAGCUGAGAGAAAUGAGCGGAGCUGCAUAAACCACACCAGGGAUGAGAGACGUAGGAGAAGCCGGAGCAGAAGUCAUGGUAGCUGUAAGCAAAGGGUGAUAAGAAAAGGGCCACAGCGAAGUCCCAGUGAAGAACAGAAUAGAAGAAAUGAUACCAGAAGCCAUGGCACAGAUAUAUACAGAGGAGAAAAAAAUGCAGAGAGAGCACUCGGGAUAUAAGCAUACUAAAGUGGCAUAAAGAGAAAGAAGCAGUAGAGAGAGAAUAAAGAGAAACUAUGUAACAGUUACCUGGGAAUAAAAAUAUCUCCACUUUCUUAUUGAAUACCUUUAGCAAGAGAUAAAUUAUGUACUAUUAUCUUUCUAAUAAAAAGCUCUAUUUUAA